UGCCCGCCCGCGUGACGUAGCCGGAAGUGAGACGCCGAUGACUUCCGCCAGAACACACGUGAAGGAGUAGAGCUGCGUGUCCCCGGUUAUUGGCCACCAUGUUAGACCAUGAAGAGGAGAGCACAUCAGACUCCGACAUUGAUCCUUCAGAGCUGACAGAUAAAGAGUUACAAGCAGCAUUUUCACAAGGGAAGCUGAAGCCUGGAUUAAAUGUGGUGCUUGAAGGAAAGAAGGUUCCAUCAAAUAAUGUGAGUGGACUGAAACAGUGUCUUAAAGAUCUGAAGAAGGUGCUGCCCUGGGUGGAGCGGCUGGAUGUCACGACUCCUAUACCAGACGCGCCACAACAGAACGGGGAGGGGGCUCAGGACCCGGCUGUGGAUGCAGAGGAUGAUUUCCAGCGGGAGAUGUGCUUUUACAGACAAGCGCAGGCUGCCGUGCUCUUUGCGCUGCCUCUUCUUCAGAAGUUGAAAAUCGCAACCAGGCGUCCUGACGAUUACUUCGCCGAGAUGGCAAAAACAGACCAACACAUGCAGAAGGUCCGUCACAAACUUCAAACCAAACAGGCGGCAAUGGAGAAAUCUCAAAAAGCAAAACAGCUUAGAGAGCUGAGGAAAUACGGUAAAAAGGUGCAAACUGAGGUUUUACAGAAGAGACAGAAAGAAAAAUCAAACAUGAUGACCCAAAUUAAAAAAUACCAGAAAGGUCUUUCUGAUAAACUGGAUUUUCUAGAGGGCGAUCAACCGCAAAAGAAAACUAGCGUCGCAACACAAAAGGCGAAGAAAGGAUCCAGUGCCAAGAGACAAUACAAGGACCAGAAAUUUGGCUUUGGUGGGAGGAAGAAAGGCUCAAAGAGGAACACGAAGGAAAGCUUUAAUGAUGUGUCUGGUUUCCGGGCGAGCACGGCACAUGGAAGAGGUCCCCAUAGGCCUGGGAAGAAAGGAGGCAAAAAUGCCAACAAAAGACCUGGUAAGAAGGUGAGGCAGAAGAUGAAGAGUAAGGGAAGAUAAGGAUCUGUGUUAUGUGAGACAUCACCAGCAGUGGCAUCGACCUAUCGGCUGUAGCAGGAUGUGGCUGAAUAUCGUUACUCUCUGGGUAUUAGGAGAGAACACUGGAGACUUUUAUUUCACUUGAACAUCACGUUCCUCAGAGGCUGCAAAUGUUGCACAUUAUUACAGCGGAGUGUCUUCUCCAGGGACGCCGCUGGUCUCUCCGCAGUUUGCAGCUCAUUUUAUACAUAAAUAUUUCUUGAUGGUUCUAUUAAAUGUGUGGAAGGAAGUGAAGUGUAUUCCAGCUCUCUGCUUUCAGGGAAAGUGGUGAGAUGUCCUUUGGCUGCUUGCCUACCAACAUAGUGUCACUACUACCUAAUGUACUGAAUUUUUUUCUUCACUUUUCUAAAACGGCUGUAGAAUGAGAGGUGUGAGCUGCUUCUCAUUGGUCACCUUGUCGUCUCCCCCCCCCCCCCCCUUCUAUUCAAUGAUGCUGCACAGCCUCAAUAUAAAUCCAGGCCAGUGAGGCUAACUACUGAGCCAGUGCAGCAGUGGCAGUGCACUAGGUGGCAGUGCAGCUUAGCAGAGUCAUUAUGGCUGUGGGACACCUCACUGAGCCCUGCGGUGUUAUACUGACUCUGGAGUGAAUUCAAUUGGCACCUGAUGUACAGCUGAGCACACAUCCUCUUUCAUCCUAUCUAUGGAACACUGCCAAAACUGUGGAUUUAAAGGGGGUGCGGAGGAGUAGGCACUAAAUAGUUAAACUAUUGGAGCUGAUUUUCCUGCACAUCUCUAUGGCUGUAAAUCAAAAUCAUUGACAGAGAGUUCCAGCAAUAUGUCAUUCUGGAGAUCUACUUAUGGCACAUCACUCCCAAUUGAAUCACCCCUGUGCAUUGAUUUGGGAUUGUAUGAGCGGAGUACCCACCCCCCUCCAUCCUCCUCUUCAGACCAGAAGCAGGGCAGGCAGAGCCUCCUACAGCUACAAGAUGGAGGCUGCUGUGGCUGUAAAUGGAAAGGUGAUUUUUCUCCACAGCUUCAUAAAAGUAGGUGGUGAGGGGGAAGAGACAUUUUACUUAGGGUUUAAAUAAACAGAACGUUUCAUUUUUUUUUUUUUUGAAUGGCUACUAAAUUGUAGCUGGAUGUAUUCAGGGAAAUAAAGAUGAAGUGAUUCAUAAAGUU